AGAUUUCUUCCUAAUUAUUAGAUCAAAGCAUAUGUUAGCAAAUUAGCAAACAAUAAUCUUGAACGACAUCUUUGUAAAUCAUGGGUAUAUUUUCAUCUGAGCAUGCGCGAAAACUUCUUCAUAACAAAUGCAUUGUCCUGAUUGGAGAUAGUGUGCAAAGAAGUGUGUACAAAGACCUAGUCGUACUCUGCCAGGAAAACCGCUUCAUUAAGGAUAAAGAAUUAAGAGCCAAGGGAGAGGAAUCUUUUUUCAACGACCGACUUGUGCAUAGAAGUGAACUUACCAAUGGAAUACAAUAUCAGGAAAUAAGGGAGUAUAAAACAAAUGACCAAAUUAUAAGGUUCUACUUUGUCACAAGAAUUUACAACAAGUUUGUACAAAGUAUUUUGGAUGAUUUUAUGGAAGCAAACCAACCAACACCAGAUGUGGUGUUGGUUAACUCAUGUUUGUGGGAUUUGACUAAGUACGGCCCCGGAGGAAGGUCACAAUAUCAGAAAAAUUUGGAAAGGUUUUGCACCGAAUUGGACAAAUGUGUUCCUGUGGACACGUGUAUUAUUUGGAGAACCACGUUACCCGUAAGUCAAAGGGCAAGAGGAGGAUUUUUAUCAAAAAAUGUUGCAAAUUGUGCAAAUACACUACUGGUUGAUGUGUUGCUUGCAAAUCAUCUUGCUCACACGAUUGUUACACAACAUAAAUACGAUGUGGUUGAUAUGCACUUUCUUUUUACACAGCAGCAACAAAGGCGAGCCAAGGACGGCGUACAUUGGAACAUGUAUGCGCAUCGUCGAAUGACAAAUAUAUUGCUCACCCAUAUUUCUGAUGCUUGGGGUUUGGGAAUUCCUGUUCAACCAUCAUUUGAUGAAACAGUUACAAACUUUAAUCCAAAAGAUAUAAGCAUGAACACAACAGACGUGUUACAUUAUGCUUAUCAAAAUGCUCGGAAACUGACUGAUGAAGAAUUACGAUAUGGAGGUCCAAUCCGAUCAUCAAAUGAGAUGUAUGAUCUUUACAACAGUUUCUACAUCGUACCUAAGGACUUGCAGCCUCAGAAUGACGAGGAACACUAUGUUGAUGAAUUUACAAGAUUUAUUCAACAACAUUCGAACGACAUUUAUCAACAUGGUGAACAACAUCAACAUCAACAUCUGCAAAAAUUGCAACGUCAGCAAGUUGUCAAUUAUUAUUUGAAUCAGGAGCAAGAUCUGCCAUAUUAUUUCAACCGUACAAGUAACAACUUCAUCCAUAACCAAAACAAUAACUGGAUUCCACAUGCUCGCAGCAAACCCUUGUACAAAAUGCGGCCACAAAAAGCUUCUCAGCAGAAAAAAACACGUCGCCAUCCAUACAAACACAAUCACCGAUAAGAACUAUCACCAUAUGCUGCCUUCUUUAUUAUCAUGUGCGGUGCUUUGGCACCUAACUGCCUUAUCUGCUCUGAACACUUGCCAACAUUUUGUUCUUUCCUAUUUUUCAUUACGAACUCUGUGUGCAACUAUUUCAUUAUUUUAUUUCUCAAUACUGUGCAUUCCAGUUAAGGUCCUAUUUCUGAUUUUCUGGGUUUCCUUACCAUUAAUUACCUCACAUGUGGCUUAGUUAUGUGAACUUUGUUAUGCUCGAUCAAACUCGAUAAUAUGCAUGUCUUCGGACGAACUAAUUGUGAAAUUAUCCUCGUACUCCAAUGGAAGCUACUGUACAACUUUGUUUUGUCUCCUCUUUCUUUUGUUGUUCUUUUUCAUUUCUUGUUUACAAUAUUAAAAAAUAUGACAGACUUGGCAGUAACUGGGGGUUUUGAAGUUCUUGUCUUGGUCCCCCUUGUUGCUUUUUCAUCAAGUGUCUGGGAAACUAAAGUGCUAAUAACACGAUUGUUCUGUUUUACACCCUUUGGACCAGCUUUCCAUUUACCACUUUUGUAAGUUUGUAGUGUAUUUAUUUCUAUACGCUAUGACUGAGUAAUUUGGAUAACUCACCGUAACCACGGAGUAAACCAACUAACAAAACGCACCCAAUACAGAUGGCUGUAAACACAACACCACAGCAUUAAGGGAAUAAAAUUUAUAAUUUGCUUUUAAA